UUUUAAAAAAGUAUCAUGGAAAAAACAAGAGAUCUAAAGCUUGAUAAUGUGGGUGUGGAGAUGAUAUGGACUAGAGAAAAAUGGGGAUGAAUAAUGAUUAGAACGAUGAACAAAACCUCCACCUUCGCUGCAGCACUCGUCGUUCCCCACCGCACAACACCACUCGCGGCGAGUCGGGAGUUGCCAGACCGCCUUCCUUUGUCUCCGCCCGUCACCUGGCUAAGAAGGCUAACAGUUUCAGCUCAUGGCUUCAUUUAGAUCAUUUUUAAACAGUCCAGUUGGCCCUAAAACAACUCAUUUCUGGGGUCCUGUUGCAAACUCGGGAUUUGUUGCAGCGGGUCUGGCAGACACGCAGAAGCCUCCUGAAAUGAUAUCUGGAAACAUGACAUCAGCAAUGUGCAUAUAUUCUGCAUUGUCCAUGAGAUUUGCAUGGAUGGUUCAGCCUCGCAACUAUCUGCUUUUGGCAUGCCAUGCCUCAAAUGAGUGUGUUCAGCUGUAUCAACUAUCCCGUUGGGCAAAGGGUCAGGGUUUUGGCUCCAUUCCAUGUAUUCUCGCCUUCUCGGCCCAGAUGGCCAGUAUUUUUGCUAAGACGAAACAAUGCUCAUUUACAAAAAAAAAAUCAGGAAGGAAUGGUUUUACAUUGGGCUGAAUGGAAGGAUAUACUAGAGUACAAGGCAAUGAAUCGAUAAUUGGAGAUUCGUGAUUUAUGAUAUUCCUAAAUGAAGAAUCUCUUGUGUCUUAUAGACUAACAAUGAUAGAUCACCAUUUGGGAAUGAACUUACAAAUGCAGGGCACAGAUGAGCAAACAUUUUUAUUUUGACUUGUUACAGCUUCCUAAUCUGGAUUGGUUUCCUUAAUCAUUUAGCAUUGACUUGUUUACUUGGCCUAUUUUUUCAACGGUUAUGAGUUUGUUUUCCAUUCCCUUAUUUCUUUACCAGGGAUGGAAAAGUUAAAUACUCCAGUACAAUCCUUAAACCAGUUGAGCUUAUAGCAUUAUGCACACGUGAUGAAGCUGAUCUGACUUUUCCUUGUGCUAAUAUCUCUAAAAACAUCUUUGUAGAUACUUGCAGCAAAAGCAGGAGGAUGAAGCCAAUUGAAAUUUGUGUCUCAUCUAUGUUCCUUGUGGAUCUCUUUAUUCCCAUCAAGGUUUGGCUGCUUUUUUUCUUUUUCUAAGAUGGCGGCAUAAAAAAGAGAUUCCAAGUACGGGCUCGGACAGUAAGCUGGAAGAAGGUAAAUUGAACUAUAAGAAUGCAACUUAAAGAUCACUCAGGGACCUCUCUUUAUAUUCGGUUCGUGAAUAUGAUGCUUUUAAUUUUUUCUCGAGGCUCGCACUUAAGGAGAGAAUCAUGUAUAUGA